AUGUAUGGUUUCCUGAUUUUUUAUUGUAUAAUUGAUACGUUUAUUAAUACCACGAUUUUAGUCAUAGCACGAACAUAUUUUAAGAAUAUUAAAGCAGGAAUGUUGAUAUAUUUUUUUGCUAAUAUUUGUAAUUUAUUAAUAGCAUAUUUUAAAAUUAAUAAAUUAGUAUAUUACAAUCGCGAUGUACUGAUUAUUACUGGUGGAUUUAAUCUUGCAUCAGUAUUCUAUUUUCUGUCAAUAUAUAUGAACAUAUCGUCAAUUACAUUUAAUAAUUACUAUUCUUUAAAAAUCUUAAUUGUAUCUAUUUUCUCAAUGUAUCUAAUGAGUACAAAAUAUAAUAAAUGGCAGUGGUUAGGAAAAGCAUUAAUUAGUUUAGGAAUAUUUAUACAAUUUGAAAAUGAUAAAACACAAAAAUUUUCAUGGGCAAUAGUUACAGCGGCAUUUUCUGGACUUUUUAACGCAUUUUCCACAGUACAUUUUGAGCAUCGAGUUAAAAAUUCUAUAUCAUCAAUAUGGAAUUAUUUAUUUACAUAUAAUUUAUGUUAUAUUCCUUUUAAUUUAUGUUUUGCUGUAGUAGAAAAUAGUACAUACAACAACAAAACUGCUUUACUAACUUUGCCAUUUUAUAUUUUAGUUCUUUUAAAUAUUUUAUCAUCUCAAAUGUCAAUAUAUUUAUCAAUGCAAGUGGAUUCUUUUGAGCGCAGUAUUAUUUCUAUGAUCUGUAAUAUUUCAUCAUCUUGUAUAUCUGAUAUUUGGUUAGAUUUUAAAAUCGAUUAUUUAUCUUUAUAUAGCUUAUUUUUUGUAUCCUCAGGGACACUUCUUUAUAUGUGUUUUAAAAGAUAUAAUUUACAAGAUAAAAAUACAGAAAUAAAUUAA